AUGGACACUUCACAAUACACCCGUCGUGACCUUGACGAACUAAAGAAGUUCUCUUCCACAUCGCCGCUUCGCGUCAUCGCCUUGAUCGACUUUGACGCUUUCUACGCGCAAUGCGAGAUUGUUAGAUUAUGUCUACCGUCCUCAACACCGUUGGCCGUACAACAGCCGAAUGCUAUCAUCGCGCUCAACUAUCCUGCACGUGAGUCUGGACUCAAAAGAGGUGCAUCGAUAGACGAAGCCCGGAGAGUCUGUCCGGACAUUGUCUUACAACACGUCGCAACAUGGAGAGAAGGCGAGACAACAUGGGCAUACCGGCCAGAUGUCACAAAACAUAUGGCGACUGACAAGUCAGCCCUGGAUCCAUGUCACCUUCAGUCGCGCAAGUAUUUCGAAUUCAUUCGCAGCCUGUUGCUAGAGGAGUCUAUUCAGAAAGUCGAGAAAGCUAAUAUAGAUGAGGUAUUCCUGGAUUUAUCGGCUCAUGUUCAUCAGAUUAUGCUUCGGCAGUUUCCGGAGCUUGCAGAGCAACCUGACGACUUGGAGCAAUAUCUCCCUUUGCCUAGAUUCUCUUCGCUUUUGGAUUGGGAGGACAAUCACGUUGUGGAUAUUGAAAAGGCUGAUCCGAGGCCUGAAUGGGACGACAUUGCCCUCGAUAUCGGAGCCGGCAUCAUCCGUCGUAUUCGAGCUGAAGUCUUGACCCAUUCAGGGUAUACAUGCUCCGCAGGCAUUGCACACAACAAGGUUGUGGCUAAACUUGGUGCUGGUUUUAAGAAACCUAAUCGGCAAACUGUGAUCCCGGCGCAAGCUACAUGCAAUUUUCUAGCAAAUCAAAUCGUCAAGCUCACCAAGAUACGUGGACUGGGAGGAAAGCUCGACCAACAAGUCUUAGAUGCGUUUGGCUUUAACCGCGUGGAUGAUAUUCUUCGCAUAACAAUCGAAAACUUGGAAGCAAAAUUAGGCAAGGAGUCCGGCUAA